CAAGAUUUGAUGUUCCUCCUCGCUCAUCAGCCGCCGGUCUAUUAGCCGCACCUUUUUGAACACUACCAAACCUAUGCUACUCUGGGUCCCACUAUCGUCGUGCUCUUCCAAGGAAACCGCGAUUCUGGUACAAAUUCCUAUUGUACCAAAUUCAACCCCUACAAUCUGCUCGAAAGUUCUCGUAUUUUAUUGCCGGUAACCGAUACCCACGAUUCUCUUGAUACCGACCGUUCGUAACGCGAUCCGAACUAGCCGUUCUGCCUGCAUCCAUCUUAUCAUCUCACCCUUGACGUAGAGUCAUUACUCAAAAACGUGGGACAAACAUGGCCACCGCCAUCAUGCUUCCUACCGCAGUCGAACAGGAUACCACCAAACGCUCACAUAUGUCAUGGGCCAAAAGAGCCAUACCAUUGAAGAGCACGACGCUCUUCAAGAAGGCCGAUCACAGUCAAGAAUGGUAUGCGGAGGUGGGGGCCACUGCUGGGGAACUGCACCCCUCACAUCAUCGAUUCCCAUGGGGCUUCAUUCGCAAUCACACCGAUACCUACCUUAAGAAAAAAGGCAAGAUCAGUCAAGAAGAGGCGGAUAGGAGGCUUUCGAUGUUGGUUCAGACACAUCCGGCGAGAGAUGUCGCUAUAGCUUCCGUAGCGCAUGCUAUGUCGGCGCAGAGCCUGGACCAGUUACUGCUAGCUGAAACGAAUGUUAUGUGUGGAAGCUAUUGGGGCCUCGAAAGUUGGCUACAGAGCGUGAUAGCUGCGCAUGAAGGCAACCCUGCCUUGACAACACGUCUGCAAGCAGAAUGGGCACGCGCACUCCUACCAUAUGUGACCACCGGCGCCAGCGCAGCCGGUUACUAUCUGAAGGGCGUGAAGCGAGCCUUGAAGGAUCACAAAACCCAGAAUAUGGACGUCGAUCUCCACAACUUCGCGGUGCUCCUACGACGAGCUAUACAAGAUUAUGCGGAGCAACUGAAUGGCCUCCGGUUGACAUGUAAUUGGGUCGCAGCUAAGAAGGCAGUAGACUGGAUGACAGAACUCGACUUGUCGUCGUCUUCGGAUUCACCGUGUAUCAACAUAGAAUCGAUCUUCGAUCGCCACCACUUCUCAGCCUGGAGAAUGUGGGCCUCGUGGACACCAGACGUUAAUCGCAUCACGCGUCUCUCUAAAAUAGACAACAUCCAUAUGUCGACUAUCCUCGACCUUGUGGCUCUGGAAGGACCUGAUAUGAUCACGGGUACUAAGCAUACCUUACGUCAGGGGUUAAUAGCGGGCUAUGGCGAACAACGGAACUGGGUACACUACCGCGGCCUGAUAAUCGAAGUUCCUGAGCACACAAAAGCAUGUUUAGCGACCAUCCUAGAAAGACUCGUGGAGGGGCUUGAUACAGUCUUCACUUCACUGCCCCAUAGUGAAAGCCUCUUCAAUCUGUUCCGAGCGUUGACUAUUGGUGGAACAAUUACCAAGAGUAGCUUGGAUCUUUUUGACGCUUCGUUAGAGAUUACAUGUACACCGGAGAAAGACUAUCAUGCAUUCAUUCGCAAGCUAUGGUGCGAGAAGGACCAAAUCGGCGGACUCCAUGUCCACGCUCUUCAACAAGUCCUCCAUCUCCUCGACGCACCGCAAGCGACGACUUUUCGCGAGGUUUUCCUCCAAGAUUGGCUAUUCAAGGGAAUUGAAGAAUGCUUUCGCGAGUGCCAAUCUGUCAUACGGGCUCAAAUGAAGACUUCGGCUUGGUUGCGUCUCCUACUAGAGCUACACAUAUUUUGCACGGCCGUCAAAGCAUCUGAACAUGUUUUUCCGCGACUAAAGCUUUCUAUCCGAGCGGAUAUGAGCGCAUGGCCGAGCGCUAAACGGAUGACAUCGAUCAAGGAGAUAUACGUUGCCGCCCAGAAUGUACAUUUGAAUAAACUGCAAACCAGGAAUUCGUUCGUCUGGGUCGACCCUGAUACCUCGACCAAGUCCCUCUUAUUAGAAAAAGAUCAGAAGUCACGACACGCACUUGAGGUGAUCAUCGAGAAACACUGUGUCGAUCACCUGCUCAGUGCCGAAGUAUCUUGCGACCCUACCGAGCAGAUAUUGCGUGAUACCCUAGAAGUCUGGGAGAAUACCGGAGAAGGAGUGGAUGGUGAUGACAUGCGCAUGCUAGCGAUAUUGAUUUCAAGAGACAUCAAAAAUCCUGCUGAACACAAGUGCGAAUGUAUCUAUGAGGUCGCUGUAGAUCUCAGCCUGGGACGAGCUUCUUCUUUUGUCGGAGACAUGGUGCGCAUCGUUCGUGUGCAGGAGACCGACUCAUGGCAAGCCAUAAUUGCUUUGACGAACGUUCUGGUCAUACGAAAAGGUUGCACAAAGUGUUGGAGAGGGGUUCUACUAAGAUGGUUGAAUCAAAACGAGAAGCAAGAAGCACGACGGGGCACUGCCAUCGUCGACCACUUGAUCCAGACCAUGGAUACUACGAUAUGGAUUUCUUUCAUGCAAUCUCUGGAGGCUCUCUUCGCCGACGUCAUUGCAGACAACACCAAAAAGCACGACUUACCUUCUUUGCUACAACCUGGGCUAUUGGGUUGGGUAUCAGAAGUAGCAAAGUUCGACCGCACCUUGACGAAGCUUGAAGAAGUUUCCGACAGUCCAUUCGCAGUACGUCGCAUCUUAUCCUAUGGUUACGAAUCGCGAAGGAAGGAGAAUGUCGCCAUACUUUCGUAUCUCCAGAAAGCGGAAGGAAAUUUAGCCGAGACGGUCAUGCAAAAUGUUGUCAUGUGGACAUCCGGUCGAAAAUCAGACAUGCGCGAGGUCAUAGACUGUUUGGCUAAACUACUUGACGCACCAUAUGAGGCUAAAGAAGCUUGCAAUGAGAUAUGGGACGCGAAAUGUGGUUUCUUGGACAUCCCCGGCCUUCCUACUCACGAGCAAGCUGGUCUUUCUCGGCUGGUCGAGAGAGAUCAUGUUUACUAUGACUGUACAUCCAAACGAUAUGAGACCACACCACAACCAGACUGUUCGAAGUCAAAGACCAGAAAAUCUCAUCAUAUCAUCGCCAAGCGAAGAUACGACAUCCCAUCAGCUGUCGCCGAGGUCAUGGUCGCUGGUUGGAUCCAAAACGACGAUGUAGCACCAGAGACGAAAACUGUCAUCGAACAUCUCGCUCGGCUACUUGACUUGGAAGUAUACAAGUCGGCUAUCCCCAAAAGCAAGCUCUCCGAAGCAAUAGAAUUCUGGGAUGGCAUCGAAGCAGAGAUCAUGCGAGAAGCCGAACGCCUCGAAGGGCUAAAGCGGACACUGAAGGCAAAAGACCCCUUGCAGACAGCCUUGCUGAUCAAAGAGUACAGUAUACCUGAUAGCAAUCUGCUGGAAGAUGAAAUACAUGAACUGCCUUCCGGCAUCAUCGAUCUAGUCGAACUGAUCGAUGAUGACAAGAUUGAGAUGAGCUUCACACUCGCUUCCUACACUGAACUACAACGAAGUGCCAUGGGCGUACCUAGCACCGCAAACAACCUUCUCGUACGGCUAACCAUCGAUCGGUAUGGGAGCAAGUCACCCGCAUUCUGUGUGCACUACGACAGUGACAAGAAUAUAGAGACUGAUCAACAUUUCCCGUGGAUCUGUGUUGCAACUUCCAAUGCACCACACGGAAACGUGUGUUCUUCCAAGCAAACAGCUUUCGUAUGGCAGAUGAACAGGCAUAUCCAUCGGUACCUUCGCACGGGCAACGUGUCCAUAAGAGGUCUGUACGGCAUCGUCCAAACUAUGAUCGGAGAAAUGGGACAAAGAUGCAUCUCCUGCGGCUCACGCCACAAAAGGAAGAACACGCAACUGCGGAGAUCUACACCAUGUUGGGCUGUCGCAUGUCAACUGCUAUGGUACGCUCUCCCCCUCGACGUGCGCAUCCCCGAAAUCCGCACCGACAUCUUCGCCGUCGACAUGCUCCUCAGCUCCAUCUAUAGCGCUGCCAUGGCCAACAAAGUCGAGCUCCUCCCUAACUGUCCCAUCCACCCUAUCAGCACCGUCAAAACCAUCCUCGAUAGUCUCCCCAAACUGUCCAUCAUUCGUGACGCAGUCCACAUCUCCAGCGUACUCUCCAAAUACCACGUCGACGCCGAGAAGCUCAUUUCGUGGGCUUGUACGCAAUAUCGUGGCUACAUCGCUACGGCGAGCGGGCUGUGUAAGAUCAAGAAUCUGCCGACAGGGACGCAUCAGUUUGUCCUGGCAAAUGCGAGUCCGGCGCUAGAAACGGCGUAUAUGUCAAGACUGCCGAAUCCUUCUUCACAGACUACAGUGUUGUUUCAUGGGACGUCGCUGGAUCGUCUUCCUGCUAUACUUGCUAAAGGCCUUAUUGUCUGCUCGGGCACAACUCUUCAACGCACGGGCGCCGUGUACGGGAGGGGUAUCUAUAUGGCGGAAGACCCUGCGACGUCGUUUAGUUACGCACCUAUCAAUUCGACGUGGAAGAACAGUGCGCUGACUAAUAUGCGUGUUAUACUUGGGUGCGAGGUUGUUGGGAAUGGAAACAGUGUUGCCACCGGGAUUCAUGUCAUCACCGAUGAGACGAGUGUGAUGGUGAGAUACAUCUUUCUAUUUCGAAAGAGCGCUCACGCGCCUGUUGCGAAUCAUGUUGUUACCGCUAUGAAGAGUGCGAUGGCGGCAAUGAGGACGGGUGUGGUGUAGGUGAGGUGGCGAUGCGGUAGAUUGGUGUAACGUAUAUUUUGCUUGGAGUGACACCAUGUCAUUGAACCAUAUUAAUAACCUUUAUCUUCCGGGCGGACUUCAUUUUGACAUUGUGGUAUUGCCACGCCGUUGUGAACCUUUUCUGCGUCGAGUCAGGAUGCACCUGGUAGCUGCUGACAUCAAAGUGUACUUCAGCCCUAUCUAUUUUUACCGCGUUCAGCGAUAUCGGUCCUCUCGGAAACGUCGGUAACCCAGUUUUUACGGCUUAAUCAUUCAUUUCCCAGCGUUUGAAUGUAUUUUGGACAAGAUUGGU